AGGUCGAAGUACAUCCGAAUGAUUACCUCCAACUAACACUGAGAUGAUCAUGUUUGGCCAUCCAUGGUUUGGCCGAGCAGGUGUUCUGUGUCUCUGCCGCUGGAGGGCGACAACAUCCGGGCCACGCAGUAGGGUUUGGGAAGUAAGAAGAGUCGCCCCACCAACAACCACAACAAUGAAGGCGAUCAUCCAGAGGGUCACCAAGGCCAGCGUGACAGUGGGGGACGAGGAGGUCAGUUCAAUAGGCCGAGGACUGUGUGUGCUGCUGGGGAUCUCAGUGGAGGACACCCAAAAGGAUGCUGACUACUUAGUACGCAAGAUCCUGAACCUGCGGCUGUUUGAAGACGAGAACGGGCGAACGUGGAGCAAAAGCGUCAUGGACCGGGACUUUGAGGUGCUCUGUGUGAGCCAGUUCACACUGCAGUGUGUCCUGAAGGGCAACAAGCCAGACUUCCACGCAGCCAUGCCUGCAGAGCUGGCCCAGCCCUUCUACAACAGCAUCCUGGAGAACAUGAGGAGCAGCUACAAGCCCGAGCUCAUUAAGGAUGGGACGUUUGGGGGAUACAUGCAGGUCCACAUUCAAAACGACGGACCUGUUACCAUAGAACUGAGGUCCCCCACUGGCCCAUCGGACCUCAAACAGCUUUCAAAGCAGGAGAAGCAGCAGCAGCGGAAAGAGAAGACGCGCUCCAAGGGCCCCUCAGAGUGCAGGGAAAGAGGAGCGGGGCGGUCCCGACCGGACCCCAACGCCAGCAGUGGAGCCGAUGGAGAUGUGUCGUCAGAGAGGGAGCCUUAGGUCAGCAGGGUGAGGAAGACUCUCAUAAACACAUGCAGUCACACAUGCUCAUACACACACAGGGUGUCUGCAGGUCCUUGAACAUCAUGUUGUGUUCUUGUGGGUAUUCCAAUUUACCGUGCAGUAAAAGCGUUUUAUUGUCUUAAGCUAUUUCAUUUGAAAAUAUAUAAGGUAAAUAUAAAAAAACGUUGCCUGUAGCGUGCAUUUGUGUGAAAUUCCACCAAAAAACAACAUUUAUCUUUAAGAAAUCUGUAAUACAAAGAGAAAUGAAAGAUAAAAGUCAAAAGAUAAAAGUCCCUUAAAUUAACUGAAAUUUGCCAAAACCCUGACAAAGACAAAAUACACUUUAUUGAGAAAUCUAAAGUUGUUUUCAAGAGAUUUUACACUGUUAUAAAAUAGUGUUAAAAAAAAGUUGCAAAGGGAAGGAACACCUCCGGUAGAUUUCCAGGAGAUUUUCUUUUAAACUUGGUGGCGUGUUUUGGUUAAAAGUAUGCCCAUAUAACCAUUUCAUUCAACUGUAACCACAUGUGCAGAUCAUCUGUGAGGAUCACAUUAAAUAGGAAUCCAGCCUCUACGUGCACAGUGCGUAGUCCCAUAACAUGUGCAGCACACUGCUGCCAACACUACUGCACUGUGAGACAAAUGACUAUGCUACAAGAAAAGAGUAUUAUAUAUUGAGUAUACUACUGGAGAUGAACAUAUAUAUAUUUGUUAUGGUAUUUCAAUGUACCAUCAGAUGGUUUUCUUCGGCAAAGUACAUUUUAAGUAGUGAACUCUUUUGCUAGUUUUUGCUUGCUAGCUGUUACCAUGUGGCAUGUAGCUUGAUUGAGGCUAAUUGAGACGUUUAAAUUCAACCAUUUCCAUUCAUUUGCUGUUGUAAAACAUUCAUUUUAUUUGUCUUUCAUUUAAAACUGGGCUGUUAUCGGUUUGAAUUUUGCUAGCUAGCUAACUCACCAUGUAGGACAUUUCACAUUGUUCGUUUGGACAAGAUAUUGGAUUAUAUGUGCUUAUUAUAUGGGAUCUGUAUUUGGUAUAUAUUGACAUUUGAAUCCUUUUAUUUCUUAUUCAUUCCCAUUAAAGGUUUCACCUUUAAUAUUCCCGGACAUUUGUAACACUUCUACAAUUUAUCAUAUUAGUUUAACUUGUCAUGUACAAUAUGGCAGUUCUUAAUGUGCAGUGAGAGGGGAACACAAUGACCUCCA